UAGACAAAAGAACUGAAGAUGCUCUCUCCUUCCCUUUUCUGCUCAUUCAAUCCUCGCUCUUUGUGUGUCCGACCAAACAACUCACGUCUUCAUGUACUAGCCCUCAAUCGGGAGUUGAAGCCCAACCACAUGGCAAUGAAUCACGAGUUAAUGCCCAACCACGUGGCAGUGAUAAUGGACGGAAACAGGAGAUGGGCUCGCUCCCGGGGAUUAAAGCCUGAAGCCGGUUACAUGGCGGGUGCUCGCUCGUUGAAGUUGUUUGCGGACCUGUGUUGUAACUGGGGGAUUCGGGUUGCUACCGUCUUCGCAUUUUCAUCCGAUAACUGGUUAAGACCCAAGGCUGAAGUUGAUUUCUUGAUGAGGCUGUUUGAAAGUGCUCUAAAAGAUGAAAUCACAUAUAUGUUGAGGGAAGAUAUCAAACUUUCCGUCAUUGGUGACUUGUCUAAGCUUUCAAAAUCCUUAAAAGAAUUCAUUGCAUAUGCUGAAACCACGACAGAGAACAAUUCACGCCUCAAUCUUGUUAUAGCAGUCAAUUACAGUGGAAAGUACGAUAUUGUCCAAGCUUGUCAAAGCAUCGGUCGGAAAGUCAAAGACGGGCUCAUUGACCCUGAAGAAAUCAACGAGUUUAUUAUUGAAAAUGAACUUGGUACACAUCCUCACCCUCAGUCCGCCCCUGCUCACCCUCACCCUGAUCUUCUUAUACGGACCAGUGGGGAGAUUCGAGUGAGCAACUUCUUUCUAUGGCAAUUGGCAUAUACUGAAUUACAUUUCACUCAAUCGCUUUGGCCGGAUUUUGGAGAGGAUGAAUUUUUACAUGCUUUGCAGGAUUUUCAACAAAGAGUAAGACGAUAUGGUGGAUAAAAAUGAUACGAGUCCUUUCACACCUAUGCAUGUCCUUUCUUAUUUUAAUUGAUGCAUUUCGUUCGAGUAUUUUGGUGGUGUAUUAUUGCAAAUAAAAGGGAGAAGUGGAAUGCCAUUCUCACCCAUGUUCUACGUAGUUAAUAAGUGGUGGUGUUUGUUGCCCAAAAGAAAAAUAAUUGAAUGUAAUAAGCACCUAUUAAAUAAACUUAUACCUAUCCUCGUCCCAUACUUAAAU